GUUUAGGUUCUAACUGAAAACCCAAACCAAGAAAUAACAACACGUCUAGAAUUCUUACUUCCACAAAAUUCACCUGGAUCCCUAAGGGCACAGCAAAGAAUGAGCUAUUACGGCAGCAGCUAUCAUAUUGUCAAUGUGGACGCAAAAUACCCAGGCUACCCACCAGAGCACAUAAUAGCUGAGAAGAGAAGAGCAAGAAGACGAUUGCUUCACAAAGAUGGCAGCUGUAAUGUCUACUUCAAGCACAUUUUUGGAGAAUGGGGAAGCUAUGUGGUUGACAUCUUCACCACUCUUGUGGACACUAAGUGGCGCCAUAUGUUUGUGAUAUUUUCUUUAUCUUACAUUCUCUCGUGGUUGAUAUUUGGCUCUGUCUUUUGGCUCAUAGCCCUUCAUCAUGGCGAUCUAUUAAAUGAUCCAGACAUCACACCUUGUGUUGACAACGUCCAUUCUUUCACAGGGGCCUUUUUGUUCUCCCUUGAGACCCAAACCACCAUAGGAUAUGGUUAUCGCUGUGUUACUGAAGAAUGCUCUGUGGCCGUGCUCAUGGUGAUCCUCCAGUCCAUCUUAAGUUGCAUCAUAAAUACCUUUAUCAUUGGAGCUGCCUUGGCCAAAAUGGCAACUGCUCGAAAGAGAGCCCAAACUAUUCGUUUCAGCUACUUUGCACUUAUAGGCAUGAGAGAUGGGAAGCUUUGCCUCAUGUGGCGCAUUGGUGAUUUUCGGCCAAACCACGUGGUAGAAGGAACAGUUAGAGCCCAACUUCUCCGCUACACAGAAGACAGUGAAGGGAGGAUGACAAUGGCAUUUAAAGACCUCAAAUUAGUCAAUGACCAAAUCAUCCUGGUCACCCCAGUAACUAUUGUCCAUGAAAUUGACCAUGAGAGCCCUCUGUAUGCCCUUGACCGCAAAGCAGUAGCCAAAGAUAACUUUGAGAUUUUGGUGACAUUUAUCUAUACUGGCGAUUCCACUGGAACAUCCCACCAAUCUAGAAGCUCCUAUGUUCCCCGAGAAAUUCUCUGGGGCCAUAGGUUUAAUGAUGUCUUGGAAGUUAAGAGGAAGUAUUACAAAGUGAACUGCUUACAGUUUGAAGGAAGUGUGGAAGUAUAUGCCCCCUUUUGCAGUGCCAAGCAAUUGGACUGGAAAGACCAGCAGCUUCACAUAGAAAAGGCACCACCAGUUCGAGGAUCCUGCACAUCAGACACCAAGGCGAGACGAAGGUCAUUUAGUGCCGUUGCCAUUGUCAGCAGCUGUGAAAAUCCUGAGGAAACCACCACUUCUGCCACACAUGAGUAUAGAGAAGCACCUUAUCAGAAAGCUCUCCUGACUUUAAACAGAAUCUCUGUAGAAUCCCAAAUGUAGUCCUAAAUUGUGAUUAUGAGGGCUACCACUUAAUCAUUUUAUCUUCCAGCCAAUCACCGUAGGCAAGUCGUCGUAAACAUGGCUUUUUUGAAAGUGUUAUAGCUAUGUUUUAUGAUGAUGCUGGGUAAGUAGAGUAAGUUAAACUUGGUAAAAGAUAAUCUAAAAAUUCCAUAGUUCUCGAUUAUUAAAAUUUUUCUUGUUAGCCAAUUUUGAAUUAAGAAUGCUAUUAAGAAGCCUAAUUGAUUAAAAUGUAUCUUUUUUAUUAUCUUAUAUACUUGUAUCUUCAGUUGGAGGGGUAGUAUUCAAAUAUGGGGAUAUGAAGGCAGGAAGGAGGCUAGAAUAAAUAAAAAUGAAAAGACAAGUAAGGCAGCAUAAAUAAUACAUUUUUAAAUAUGUCAACAUUGAUAAUACAAUGAAGAUUUGCUAUAAAAAGUAUGAUAUCUAACCAAGAUAUGCAAAAGAUGCAUUCAGUAAGCUGUAAUGUUGAGAAAUGUAACUGUGAAAUCAGCUCACCAGUUCAAGUCACUAGGUUUGCCACUUGGAUAGUCUUCGUUUCAGUGAGCAUAGCUAGUGGCGGUAAGAAAUUGUCCACGCCACCAAUUCCACUGCCACUUGUCCAGGUAGUGAUCAAUGAGAGCUAGAAGCGAUUUUUUCUCUAACUGAUGAGGCAGAAGAAAAGUUAACAGUAUUUAGAGUAGCAUUUCUCUCUUAAAGUCUCUGGUUGACUCCAACAAAUGGAGACCAGAAAUAAGGCAACCAUGACCUUGCUAGGUUCUCUGAGAAGGGGAGGUUCUAUGUUCAUGUCCCCCCUUCUUCCAGGACGUGACCAAAGGACAGGAUCAUAUAGAUGAGGUGAGGGGAUGGUUAGUAGCGAGAAACAUUCUCAGACCCUUGGAGAGAAACUGUUGCUAGCUUGCUAGUGCCGAAAGAUUGCAACUUUGGCUGCUACAUAAAGGAUAGAACCUUUUUGGGGGGAGGGGAGGAAGAUACUUAUUUGUGCCCAGAAGCAGUUAUGUAUGCUUCUUGUCUUGGUUACCGUACAAGACACAAAUGACUCAAGAUGUGGAUUGCAAGAAUCCCUUUUAUUGAACUUGAAACAACCAUUUAAAUGAAGGAUUUUUGUGAGAUAGAAUUCAAUUAAAGUGAUUUUAAUGCACAGUAGGUGGAUAAUCUGAGUACAAUGAAAUUUCUUAAAUUUUAUAACAUGAGAUAAAGUUGUAUACUCUACCUUCAUGUUAAAAGAUGUUAAUCAUGAUUACUUUAAGCCCACACCCACUGGCCUAUGAGUAGAGUCACUUUAAACUUUAUAAAUCAAAGAAAUAUUAGGUACAUUCAGAAUUCUUUGUGUUUUGUGUCUGUUUUACAUUGUUGCUGCACUGGCAAUAAGUAUGUGGCACAGUUUUUAUUAUUUAUUUCAUUUAAAUACACACACACAGAGACACACACCCAGUUUUUGCUUUUACUGGAAAAUCUUUCUUUCUCUCUCUCUCAAUUUAAAUUAAAACACACAAGUGAAUGAACCAAAUCACAUAGUCCAAGAUUAUAAAUAAAAGUAAAAUAUAUAGGUAUAGGUAGAUAGAGUGCCUUUCUGUUUCUUUUCUUUUUUUUUUCUUUUUUUGUUUUUCUUUCCUUUCUUCCCUCCUCCCCCAUCCUUCCCUUUCUCCUUCCUUUUCCCUCGUUUUUUUUGUUUUUUGCUUUUUUUUUUUUUGGCCUGGGAGUAAUAAAAUUACUUUUUAAAUGCACAUGUGCAAUCUUUUAUUCCUGUUGUUUUAUGGAUAAGAGAUUUGUUCAUGUCAAAAGUUGCAAAACUGUUCUGAAGCUUAAUAUUAGAGACCCAAGUAAGAUGAUUUUUAGUCCUGCUUGAGGAAUGCACACUCCAUUUAAAAAAUUAUGCACACCGUAGAUUUGGAUUGUACAGCAGCAAUUACUUGGCUAAAUUAGAGUACUGCAAUCUUGUAAGUAGAAAACAGUCACCAUGACAAUAGACAAAAACACUUAAAAAUCUUUUAGCUUGUUUUACCUUUGACCUACAUAUAGUUUCAUGUCACCUUGCUUUGCUUUGUUGAGUCCGCUACUGCUAAUGUUUGCCUUGUCAAUAUCAGAAUGGGGCAUCAGUGUCCCGUGAAAUACAUUUUGUUGUGCUCUGAGCCUCUAUAAUCAAAUGCUUAUACUCAGAAGAGAAUGUAAAAUCAGCAUUUCUAUGUGAUAUUUAUCUCUAAUUAUCUGUGUAAUUUUAUAACAUACUUGACAACCCCAGUAAGUUACUUAAUAAUAAAGAUCUUAA